AGCGAGUGACAGGGUAAGACAGCAGAGAACAACUCAGAACAAGAGACGAGGUUUUUGUCCAGCUGAUCUAGUGUCCUCGCAGUCGGACAGGCAGCAUGUAUUGGGACGUGGCCCUCUGGAGCGCCGGGAUCUGGGCGAUUCUGAGUUUAGCUGCUGGACAACUGACCGAGCAGGAGAAAUCAACCAUCGUGGACAUGCACAACAAGCUUCGCUCUCAGGUUCAGCCCAGUGCCGCCUUCAUGCAGAAAGUGGUGUGGAACGAGACACUGCGUGUGGUGGCGGAAGCUUACGCAGCGAAAUGCAUCUGGAAACACAACCCUGACCUUCAGAAACUCACUUUGGGUGAAAAUCUCUUUGUCAGCACUGGACCUUUUAAUGCAACCAAAGCAACAGUUAGCUGGUUUGAGGAAAAUGUGGAUUAUAACUAUGAAAACAAGUUCUGUGCUGAAGGCAAAAUGUGUGGCCAUUACACUCAGAUGGUGUGGGCAGACACCAAUCAAAUCGGCUGUGCUACUCACUUCUGUGACACUGUUGAGGGUCUAGGUUUCAAGAAGGCCACUCUUCUCGUCUGUGAUUACUAUCCUCCAGGAAAUUUUAGGGGACAAAAUCCAUACGUGUCUGGAGUGCCGUGCUCAAAGUGUCCAGCAAACCUGCCAGUGUGUGAGGAGAAAAUCUGCGGUAAUGUUAAAACUUUAUCAGUGCAAAUCAACUUACAGCUAACAUGAACUAAAACAUUGUGGAAAGCGGCCA